CGCAUCACUCGUGAGUCGUGCAAUCACUGCAGUUCGGACUGUCAAACUGUAUGUGAAUGUUUGAGAAUGUUGCAACAUUUGUAUCUCCAGUGUAACACUUUCUGUCACCGAACGUUCUAAUAUUUGGCGGGAGGGGACGCGACGCGACAGGUACGCUACAGGUUUAAAGAGAACGAAUUACUGUGAAUUAUUAGAAUCAAAUGCAUGUCUCUCAAGAGUUUCUGGAGGUUACAUCGGGCUUUGAAAAUGACACAAGCCUGUGGAUUUGCUCUCAGGACACUAAAUGGAUUAAACAGUGUCACUGCCAAGAGGUUAAACUGCACAACACUGGCAUCCAGUGCAUCUACAUUAAACCUUCUCAAAGACUGGAGGAAUCUACACACCAGUUUACACAACCAUAGAUGCUUGUUGCUGAGGGGAGUGUGUCAGAGACCACAUUUUGAAAUGCUAACUCCUUUAAAUGUAAAAUCCAGUUUACAAAUGAGAUCGCAGUCCACAACAUCCUCCACCAUGUCAGUGCUGAAACAAGGAAGCAUGUCGGGAAAAAGGACUUUUAAGGGACCAAGAACCAAACAACCUUCACGAACCAACCAGCCGAGUCUGGAGGAGGACAUGAUGCAGUGCAUCGCAUACGCAACUGCAGAUCAGUACCAUUUACCAACCCUCUGUCACGAUCUCAUCGCUCAUGACUUUGCUGAAAUCAAAGAAUUUCCCAGAGAUGCUUCUAAUGUUUUGGUGAUGGGAACAGAGAGCGCUGCAAAACCUUAUGAUAGUGGCACAAUAUUCGUCUUCAGAGAAGGCUCUGUGGUGUUCUGGAAUGUUGAAGAAAAAACUGUAAAGACAGUGAUGAGGAUACUGGAACAGCAUGAAAUUCAACCCUAUGAAGUCGCCCUAGUCCACUGGGAAAAUGAAGAGAUCAAUUAUACAGUAGGAGAGGGUAAUUCAAAGCUCCAUCGUGGAAUUUUCUUGUUUAAUGAAGAGCUGGAUUAUGACCAGGUUGUUCUGGAGAAGUUUGCAUUUUCCAAUGCUUUAUCACUGUCAGUAAAACUAGCAAUAUGGGAGGUCUCUCUGGACAACUUUGUUGAGUCCAUCCAGUCAAUUCCUGAGCUGCUGAAGUCUGGACAAAGAGUGAAACUGUCCAGAGCUGAAGUUAUGCAGAAGAUAGGGGAGCUCUUUUCCUUGAGGCACUGCAUAAAUCUCAGCUCUGACUUACUGAUAACACCUGAUUUCUACUGGGACAGAGAAGAUCUUGAGCAGCUCUAUGACAAGACCUGUCAGUUCCUCAAUAUUAACCGGAGAGUCAAGGUUGUGAACGAGAAGUUACAACACUGCACUGAACUUACAGACUUGAUGAGGAAUCACCUCAGUGAGAAACACAGUCUCAGACUGGAGUGGAUGAUCGUUGUACUGAUUGCUAUUGAGGUGAUGUUUGAACUUGCUCGUGUAAUCUUCUGAAGACCCACAGAUGCAGUCUUAAAAUGGCAUACAGUGACUUUUUGUAAACCAGCAAAUAAUUUUGUUUUCUAUAGAUGAAGUUCUCAUUGAUAAAUCAUCGUGUCUUUUGCUAAUCUUAUU